AUGUACAAAGUUCAUCACUGGUGGGUGGGUGGGCUUUCACUUCCUUCAGAGCCAAAUAGCCGUUCAGGACACGGCAAGCUUCGCCACAAGGUUGGCGCCCUCCUUCACCAAGUGAAGCUGGAGGUUGGGUUUAAUGCGCCCAGCUUGAGCGCGUAUUUACGCAAUGCGGUUGGCAUUUGCACAGACCAGGGUACAGAGUCCGCUAUCCAUGAAGUGCCAUCUUUGGAUUUGGGCAAGGUGUUGGAGUUUGAUGCAUUGCACCUUGGGAAGCAUGGAUCCAACACAACAAUUCUGGGGUCUAGCAAACCUGCAGAGCUAGCCAUAGACGACCCACUCAGUGCGCUUGGCGAUGUGGGCCAAUCAGGCCAACCAGUCGAAGAAGGUGACCAUUCACAUUCAUCUUUUGAACAUGGGCGCUUGAUGCCAAGUGCAAUUUGGAUACCAGGUGUGAAGCACAACAUGGACAACACUUGCAAGGACAUAUGGGAAAGCGUGCAAGGCCAAGCAGAUUACUCCAAGAACUUGAGAGCAUUGGAAAGCCUGCUAGCUCCAGUGCCAACGCGGGAUAAAAUCAUUGAAGUGUUUUUUGCCGACCCACUGGAUGAGUUGGAUGCCCAAACAGCUUCCAAAUUGCGGGUCUGGAACUGCACCUUGAAAUCAUUGAGGUGGCACUCAGUGGUUGAUUUUACUCAAGCCUUGCUUGGGAUCAAAGAAGGCUUGCGGCGGAGGUGGCACUUGGGACGGUUUGUGAAAUCAUUGCCCCGAGACUCCCAGCACAGUCCAACAGAGGGCCGUGGCCCACAAGGAUGUGCCACAUACAAUCACAUUGAUGUGGUCAUCCGUUCAGAGUUCUUUUGGAGCUAUGCAGCCAUGAUCCUUGAGGUCUCCAGAGUUGAUGAACAUUUUCAUCCAGGCAGUGGCACAGAUGAGUCAGACCCUCCACUUUCUGAAGAAUGGGAGCGCUUCAUCCAUGGAGCUACAGCCGCUGACCUAUCACCUCACUUCAAGAUGUGGGCCGUAUUCAGGAUUCAAAUGACAUAG